CGUGGGCGCGCUCCCCACCCGCGGGCCGAGCCGGCAGCCGGCCACUCACGCAGUGUUCCCCGAGCCUUGGUGGGGGUGUGAUAAAUCUACUUCAGAGCACUCAGCCACUUCUGGAUUCCCGCACUGAGAACCUGUCUCUGGAUUCCAGUUGCUUCUUGUCUCCACCUGUGAACUUCCUUCAAGAACUGCCAAGCUACCGAUCAAUUGCACGCAAGAGGACAAUCAUCCUUUCCCGGGACAAGCCAAGCGGCACGUUGCUGAAGCCCACAGACUCUUACAGCUCCCAGCUGGAGGGAGACAUCGCAGAAAACCUCAACAGCCAAUCCAUUCGAAAGUAUGCACUCAACAUCUCUGAGAAGCGGAGACUGAGAGACAUUCAGGAGACUCAGAUGAAGUAUUUGUCAGAAUGGGACCAGUGGAAACGAUACAGCAGCAAGUCUUGGAAGAGGUUCCUUGAGAAGGCCCGCGAGAUGACCACCCACCUGGAGUUGUGGCGCAAGGACAUUCGCAGCAUCGAAGGGAAAUUUGGCACUGGGAUUCAGUCCUAUUUCUCCUUCUUGCGGUUCCUGGUGCUGCUGAAUUUGGUGAUAUUUAUGAUCAUCUUUAUGUUGGUUUUGCUUCCAAUCUUGCUCACCAAAUACAAAAUUACCAAUAGCACCUUUGUGUUCAUUCCAUUCAAGGAUAUGGAUGUACAAUGUACACUCUACCCAGUAAGCAGUUCGGGACUUAUUUACUUUUACAGUUACAUCAUAGACUUGCUUUCUGGUACUGGAUUCUUAGAGGAGACUAGCCUCUUUUAUGGACACUAUACCAUUGAUGGUGUGAAAUUUCAGAACUUCACCUAUGAUCUGCCCCUGGCUUAUUUGGUAAGCACAAUUGCCUACCUAACCCUGAGCCUCCUUUGGAUAGUGAAAAGGUCAGUGGAAGGAUUCAAAAUCAACCUGAUUCGAAGUGAGGAGCACUUCCAGAGCUACUGCAACAAGAUCUUCGCAGGCUGGGACUUUUGCAUCACCAACCGCAGCAUGGCUGACCUCAAGCACAGCAGCCUGCGCUACGAGCUCCGAGCAGAUCUGGAGGAAGAAAGAAUACGACAGAAAAUAGCAGAAAGGACCUCAGAAGAAACACUGCGCAUUUAUUCCCUGAGGCUGUUUUUGAACUGUGUCGUGCUGGCUGUUUUGGCAGCCUGCUUUUAUGCAAUCUACAUAGCCACUGUCUUCUCACAAGAACACAUGAAGAAAGAAAUUAGCAAGAUGGUUUUGGGAGAGAACCUCUUGAUAUUGUAUCUACCAUCCAUUGUGAUCACACUGGCCAAUUUCAUCACUCCGAUCAUCUUUACCAAGAUCAUCCACUAUGAAGAUUACUCCCCAGGCUUUGAGAUCCGCCUGACAAUUCUUAGGUGCGUCUUUGUGCGGCUGGCCACCAUCUGCGUGCUGGUGUUCACACUGGGCUCCAAGAUCACCUCCUGCAACAACAAAGAUGACGACCUGUGUGAACUCUGUGGCUACAACCAGAAACUGUACCCGUGCUGGGAGACCCAAGUUGGACAGGAAAUGUACAAACUAAUGAUCUUCGACUUCAUCAUCAUCCUGGCUGUGACGCUUUUUGUGGAUUUCCCCAGGAAGCUUCUAGUGACCUACUGCUCAUCUUGGAAGCUGAUCCAGUGCUGGGGGCAGCAAGAGUUUGCCAUUCCAGACAAUGUCCUGGGGAUCGUGUAUGGCCAAACCAUAUGCUGGAUUGGAGCCUUCUUCUCUCCACUUCUGCCUGCAAUUGCCACCUUGAAGUUCAUCAUCAUCUUUUAUGUGAAGGAGUUGAGUCUUCUUUAUACCUGCAGACCAUCUCCACGGCAGUUUAGAGCAUCCAAUUCUAAUUUCUUCUUCCUGUUGGUGUUGUUGAUUGGGCUGUGUUUAGCAAUAAUACCCCUAACAAUCAGCAUGUCACGCAUCCCUUCCUCAAAGGCCUGUGGGCCAUUCACCAACUUCAACACCACCUGGGAGGUCAUCCCCAAGACAGUGAGCACUUUCCCCAGCUCACUGCAGUCCCUGGUCCAUGGCAUCACAUCAGAAGCCUUUGCAGUUCCUUUCUUCAUGAUCAUCUGCCUUAUCAUGUUCUACUUCAUCGCCUUGGCUGGAGCACACAAGCGAGUGGUGGACCAACUCCGAGAGCAGCUAUCUCUGGAAAGUCGUGACAAGCGCUAUCUUAUCCAGAAGCUAACGGAAGCCCAAAGGGAUGUGCAGAGCCAACCAGCUUGAGCCUGAAGUCACCUUGUUGUGCUUGUUGCUUCUCUGCUGACCUCAUGACUCUGAUGGGCCUACAGAGUCUACCUGGGUUUUGAGUGGAAAUUUUAAGAUGUAUUUUUCUGGACAUCAGGGCUUUUCCUGAUCACUAUUGUUCAUGUUUACAUAUCCCACUUAGGGCUUUUGGUGACUUAGCAAAGCAGGUUGGAAUUCAAGUCGUCACUUCUGGUGGCAGUGCUUAACACUUAACUCCUUAAACCAUGAAAGCUUUUAUAGCCAAAAUUGUGGAGGAGAGACUUUUACUUAGUUUGUUAGACUUUUAUAUUUUAUAAAGGCUUGUGUUGUCUUUCAAAGUUAACUAGAGUUCACCCAUUCUUGUAUCCUGAUGUUUUUGGAACACAUUUCUAGUUUAGGCUGAGUACGUAGCCUUCUUGAAUAUCCAUAGUUACUUAAAAUGAAACCUUUUUGUUGUUAAUGAAAAUAACAGCUGGUGGGAAUGUGGAGAUGAUGAUCAUGCCAGUAAUAUGAGAGGAAAGUUGGUCCCUAUGGUGUAUCUAAGCUGUGUUUGAAUUCCUGCCUGUAUGACCCUCGUGAGCAGGAAUUGCAGCAAGUAGCCAUCUUGGUUUCUUAGCUUUCUAGACAAUUUCUGAAGCAUCAUUUAUUACUCAGGGGAAUUCUGCCUUUAGUGAGCUGGUUAUCCACAUGCCUUCUUCAGUUUCUGUCUAGUCCUGAGGCAGACAAAGUUCAUUUCUCAAGUUGUCCUAAUGCAAUUUCCCAUUCCAUGUCAAGGUGUCAAUUUCUGUAGGAUACUUACCAUUUUAGAUCCAGGCUGAAAAAGGCUAUUUAGUAUCAGAGCUGUGGGGAAGGCAUUGGAGUUUUAUGUACAGAAAUGUUUGAGAUGCGUGUUCAUCAAAACAGCCUCUGAUGUCAAAAUAGGUUGGAUGCUAGCUUCUUAAAUGCACAUUUUUACAUUUCAGAGGACUAGCAUUUGUUUCUCUGUGUUUCAGACUUUGAAUGCACUACCUUUAUUUUACAAAACAUCCUAAAAGUAGAAUGUCUUAAGAUUUCCAUUAUAGUAAAAUAUAUCUAUGUAAUAAAUACCUCACAAGAAGCAUGCCCAACGUUGAUAGCUCUGGAACCAUCUAAUAGUAGCCUAUGCUAUUGUUUGCUAUAAUGUUUUCAUUUUAAUAUCUCAAAUCUUUGCUGGUAUUUUUAAUGGACUGUUUGAGUCUUUUUUCAUUUUUUUCCUUUCACUGGGUCCAACCCCUUCCUAGAAUUUAAAAUUGGAUUCAGGUUUUUAGAAAGCUGCUACUGAAAAUAGUUUCUUCCACCCUGACCAUUGCCUCAUUUCUUAAAGAAAUAGUUACUUCCUUGUUCUGGGAAGUAAAGCAAGAUAACCAUGGAUUGUGCAUUUCUAUAUGUAUGAUGACCCUCUUUUGGGCCGUGUGUGUGUGUGUGUGUGUGUGUGUGUGUGUUGCUGUAGUUGGAACUCUGGUCCUCACAUAUGCUAAGCAAGUGCUUGCUGUACCACUGACCUACAUCCCCCCUGCCCAAACAUGUCCGCUUCUUUUCUUUUACACACGGCAGUAUUAUGGUGGAGUGUUUUGUACCCACAAGAACAAAGCCUUUUCAGACUUUUCCUGUACUGUAAGGUUAAUGAGUUUCUAACUGUUACUGGUAUUUUGAGUAACCCAAAGUUAAUUCCAUCCUUACUUUAAAACCAUAUUCUAAUUGUUGCCAUUUUUUGCCUAGUGCCUUUAUGUAUAAUAUUAUUACUUUCACCAUGCCUCUAAAAAUGGUCUACUUUUCUUUUUGUAUGUAUGUACGGUGAAUGAAAAGAAAACUAUGUUGUUUUGUUAUAAGAAGGAUACUGAAAUAUG